CAACAUCACACCCCCCUUUCCCACAUUUAAUACCAUAUCUUACUCUUUUUCUCUUUCAAUCUCUCAAAAAAGUCUCCUCUUUUCCCUCUUCUUCUCCUUUCCCUCUUCAAAAUUCAUUUCUUCAUAUUCCUUACUUUAUAUUUAUACAAUACAUAUAUUAAUUAUAAACCUUAGUCUUAGACAUAUUAUUUUUUUGGAUUCAACAUGGGGUAUUCUGAGAACGCACAAGUAGAAAGUGGAAUUGAGUCAGAAAAUAAUAGAAAAUGGGUUAUAGCUGGAAUUUCUUUACGUGCACCAUUGAAGCCAAUUUUCACAAUUCAUCCUACUGAGAAAGAACAACAAAAAGAAGAAGAAACAGAGGAAUGUUCAACACCAACAAAUGAAGAAUCAAAGAUUCCAACAUCAUUCACAUGUCCACCUGCUCCUAGAAAACAAAAAUCUUCUUUGAAGUGGAAUCAUCAUGGUAUUGGUAGUGGUGUUGUAAGAGAAUUUUUUAAAGCACCCGAUUUAGAAAGUGUUUUUAUACGACAUGUUGAAAGUGCUAAUUGAUUGUAGUAAGGAGAAAAAAUAUUUAAUUAAUUGUCAAUGUUUUGUUACCUAUAGUUUUUUUAGCUAGCUAGCUAUAGCUUUUGUUAUGUUGUGUACCUUAGUUAAUUUUCUAUAGUUUAUAGUACUAUGUGUUUUGUUUUCUCUAGUUGUAGAAGUUUAUGCGUCAAAAAAAAAAGUUGUAGAAUUGAAGUAUAAGGAUUAGGACUGUUUUGUAUAGAAUGGUCUCAAAAUGAAGAAAAUUGUUUGUAUGCUAGCUUGAAUCUUGAUCUUUUUUGAGCUUUCUCUUUUUUAUUAUCAUGAAGAAAAUUGUUUGUAAGCUGAAAGCGACUUUCAGGACUGCCCGUCCAACAAUAAAAUCUCCUAUCCUUAUUUUAAA